UAAGGUGAGUCAAUGCCUCUUCCUAUCCUCAAAGCUACAUGAUGGCCUUUCAUAUUUUUGUCAAAUCCCCCUUGUUACCACCAUCUGCUCUGGUUCUGUCAGGAGAAGAAGAAAAUAGAUGAAAAGGACAGUCAGCGAGCUAGUUUCACCAUGAUUCAUACACAGCAUUCAUACACAACAUGCAUACACAUGCUACCAGAAGCAGCAGCUCCAGUCUGAGAUCCUUUAUGCCCUAAAGGCUGGGUAUGUGCUUGAGCUAUCAAAAAUGAUAUACAAAUUCAAAAGAUGUAAAGACUAUAGCAUUAUAACUUAUUUAAGAAAACAAUCCUAUUUACAAGAAAGCAGGUGGUGGUUGGGGUGGGGUAAAUGAAAGGGAUAGAUACUUUCAAAUCCAUAAAACAGUAUAAAGAUUCUAUAAUACAUGACAUCAUGAAAUAACAAAGAUGUAUAAGGGAUAACAAAAUGGAAAUAUUAAUAGAUAAGACUGAAGAACUGAAUUCAAAAUUCCAGCUACAUUGCUAAAUUUAUCUGUGGAGGAUAAGUUACUUAAAAAUUGAUUGAUUGGUUCAUAUAUUUAUUAUUCAUUAAGCUUGGUACCAUGAGUAAGACACCAAACUAAAUGUUGAGGAUACAGCAGCAUACAACAUAGCUAUAAAAGACAGGAACAUUUUAAUAAGUACUAAAAAUAGAGUGAGAUGGUACUAUAGGAGUAAACAGUAGAUAUAUCUGAUCUAAUCUAGAAGGGUUAUAGAAGGCUUCCUGGAGCAAUUAAUGUUAAGGUCAGACCUGAAUCUGAACUGUCAGUAGGAGCUAGGGACCUAAAGUAGAGUGGAAGGAGUAUUCUAGACAAAAGUAAUAGUAUUUGCCAAGGCCCACAUGUCAGUAUUGAGUAUCAUAUAGAUAGAUCAAAGGGAUUAUGUAAUUGAUAAUUAUGGAGGCUGCAGUUAUAGAUCAGUCAUUCAAGAACUAUAACAUAACUAUAAUAGGGCAGGUAAAAUGGUAUAACAAUCAAAAGGAACAGUAGGAUUUUUUAUUUUUAUUCAAAAUAUUUAUUGAGUAACUAUUAUGUGCCAAGCACUAUUCUAAGCAUUUGAGAUAAUGAACAAAGCAAACAAAAAUUCCUGUUCUGGUGAAGCCUAUAUUCUAAUACAGGGUGAAAGACAACAGAUAGCAAACAUAAUAUAAAUGAUAUGGUGUCUUAGAGCAUGUUAAGUACUAUAGGUAAGGUGGAUUGGAAUCCAGGUGGAUGAAGGGUAUUUUAAAUAGAGUAGUCAAGGAUUGCUUCAGAGAACAGGUGGCGAUUAGGCAAAGAUUCGAAAUAGAUGAGGAGUGAACCUUCGAAAUAUUAAGAGAAAGCACUUUCCUGGCAGACAGAUGAGCCAGCACAAAAUUCCUGAUCAGGAUAUGUCUGGUAUGCUCUAAAACAGCAAGCAGAUGGGUGUGGCAGAACCACCAGGCACAGAGGCAUGUAGCAUGAAAUGAGGUCUGAGAGGCAAUGAGGGAUGGAGGCAGACCUUGUGGGAUAUUGCAGGCUACUAUGAGAAUUCAGUGAAGAGUUGUUCUUUCACUUCCUCCUGCCCUAAUAUAUAGAAGAUCAAGAAGAAACACACAUAAGAGAAGAGGAAAGACUAGAUGGCCGAGCCAGGGCAGGGAUAACAUUAAUAGCAGUAUUCUUCUGCUGGCAGCAAAAGAUGACAGGAAUGAGCAACUAUGGAAACCCUUUUUGGAUGCAAGAUAAAGGCGGGGUGUAAAGUGAAAACAAAAGCACUCCGAGUAAGAGAGGUCAUUUGAUUUUACUUUCUGCACUCAACACUGCUCCUCUCUGCUGACUGAAACAGGAGCCAUGGCUUUGGAAGACAACCAGUCAACAGAUUACUAUUAUGAGGAAAAUGAACUGAAUGGCACUCAUGACUACAGUCAGUAUGAAAUGAUAUGUAUAAAAGAAGAAGUCAGAAGAUUUGCAAAAGUUUUUCUCCCUGUCUUCCUCACAAUAGCUUUCAUCAUUGGACUUGCAGGCAAUUCCAUAGUAGUGGCAAUUUAUGCCUAUUACAAGAAGCUGAGAACCAAAACAGACGUGUACAUCCUGAAUUUGGCUGUGGCAGAUUUACUCCUUCUAUUCACUCUGCCUUUUUGGGCAGUUAAUGCAGUUCAUGGGUGGGUUUUAGGGAAAAUGAUGUGUAAAGUCACUUCAGCCUUGUACACAGUAAACUUUGUCUCUGGAAUGCAGUUUCUGGCCUGUAUUAGCAUCGACCGAUAUUUGGCAGUAACCAAAGCCCCCAGCCAAUCAGGAGUGGGAAAACCGUGUUGGAUCAUCUGUUUCUGUGUCUGGAUGGCUACCAUCUUGCUGAGUAUACCCCAGCUGGUUUUUUAUACAGUAAAUGACAAUGCUAGGUGCAUUCCCAUCUUUCCCCACCACCUAGGAACAUCAAUGAAAGCAUUUAUUCAAAUGCUAGAAAUCUGUGUCGGAUUUAUAGUACCCUUCCUUAUCAUGGGCGUGUGCUACUUUAUCACAGCAAGGACACUCAUCAAGAUGCCGAAUAUUAAAAAGUCUCGACCCCUCAAAGUCCUGCUCACAGUGGUUAUAGUCUUCAUUGUCACUCAACUGCCUUAUAACAUUGUCAAGUUCUGCCGAGCCAUAGACAUCAUCUACUCCCUGAUCACUGACUGUGACAUGAGCAAACGCAUGGACGUGGCCAUUCAAAUCACAGAAAGCAUCGCGCUCUUUCACAGCUGCCUCAAUCCCAUCCUUUAUGUUUUUAUGGGAGCCUCUUUUAAAAACUAUAUUAUGAAAGUGGCCAAGAAAUAUGGGGCGUGGAGAAGACAGAGACAAAAUGUGGAGGAGAUUCCUUUUGAUUCUGAGGGUCCUACAGAGCCAACCAGUACAUUUAGCAUUUAAAUGUAAAACUGCUCUGCCUUUUGCUUGGAUACACAUGAAUGAUCCUUCUUCCUCAGAUAAAACAUCUACGUUAUUCUGAAACUCAAAUCUCAAACACUGUGCUUGCAACUUAUAACAAAGAGGGGGUUGGGAGAGGAGGAGGAUAGAAGCCAACGAGAAGAGGAAAUGAAAUACUAACUGUACAAAACAAGAAAAUUAAUAUUAACAAUACAGGAAAAUAGUAAUAGGCGCAAGUCAAUAAAACACUAUUUUAUAAAGAGGAAGAUCUUUGUGUUGAUGGGAUGGUUUUGUAUCUGGAUUGCAGUAGUGGUUACACAAAUCUACACAUGUG